AUUUUUCUAACUUCGCCCCUUCGUGUAAGUCAAGCCCUGCAUUGCAGAAAAGAUGCCAAACUUUAACCCCAAGCUGGUUUGCUUGUCAUGCUAUAUAAAUCACGAGGUUUUAGGCGUAAAGCUCAACACACCCGCUAACUCUACUAAUUGCUUGUAAAACAAGAAAAUCAACUUUUCAGAGAGAUACUGGAUUCUUGUCUCUGCAACUGCGAUCUUCUUAUUGCUCAAAUCUUUCUUGACUUCAUGUGUUAUUUUUGACGAUUAAUGGGAAGGGAAUAUUCUUGAAUCUUGGCAUAUCACUUUUCAAAAAUUCCAUAGGCAAGAACACAAGGAGGUCAUAUAAUGACUUUACUAUCAAGCUCCUCUAGAAGUACUUUCUUCAAAGCAUGAUACUGUACUCUGUCCACUACUCCAAGGCAGAGAUCUGGAAUUGCUAGAUUCAAGCAUAUUUCUUCAAGAUGCAAAUUUGGAGGCCUCAAUUAAAGAAGGGACCUGCAACUGUUAGAACUCUGCUCUUUCUUUUACUAGUCCUCUUCAUUGCUGCCUUCUUAUCUUCCUCAUGGAUUGAUACUUCUAAGUUUUCAGUGGAAAGAUCAACAAACAAGACAGUAAUAAUUUCUCUAGAGCACAAAACCCUCCAUAGAAAAGUACUUGAAUUCCCACUUAACUGCACUAUCAAGAACGAAACUCAAACCUGUCCAACAAACUACCCAAGAACUAUAUUUCAAAGCGAAGAUCAAGACUCAUCACCAAGAACAGUAUGUCCGGACUAUUUUCGAUGGAUACAUGAAGAUCUGAGGCCAUGGAUUGCUACAGGAAUAACCAGGGAUAUGGUGGAGAGAGCCAAAAAAACAGCAAAUUUUCGUCUGAUAAUAGUCCAAGGCAAGGCAUAUAUCGAGAAAUAUAGAAAAUCAAUACAAUCGAGAGAUAUGUUCACUGUAUGGGGCAUUCUGCAGCUUCUCAGGAGGUAUCCUGGAAGGUUACCGGACAUGGAGCUGAUGUUUGACUGUGAUGAUAAGCCGGUCGUCCGAUCAAGCGAUUACAGUGGACCAAACUCCACAGGACCACCACCACUGUUUCGGUACUGUGGUGACAGGUGGACAAUGGAUGUAGUGUUUCCUGAUUGGUCCUUCUGGGGAUGGGCUGAAAUAAAUAUAAAGCCAUGGAAUGAUAUGUUGAAAGACAUAAAAGAAGGCAACAACAAAACCAAAUGGAUUGAUAGAGAACCCUAUGCCUACUGGAAAGGAAACCCUUUUGUUGCUGAAACCAGAAGGGACCUCCUUACUUGCAAUGUCUCUGAUGAACAGGACUGGAAUGCUCGCUUAUUCAUCCAGGAUUGGAUUCUUGAAUCCCAGCAGGGAUUCAAGAAAUCAGGUUUAGCAAGCCAAUGUACGCACAGGUACAAAAUUUACAUUGAAGGAUAUGCUUGGUCUGUUAGUGAGAAGUAUAUUCUAGCCUGCAAUUCUGUGACAUUGUUUGUAAAACCAUACUACCAUGACUUCUUCACGAGAAGUCUGCAGCCUCUGAAGCACUAUUGGCCUAUAAGGGACACCGACAAAUGCAGAUCGAUUAAAUUCGCGGUGGACUGGGGCAAUAAACACAAGCAAAAGGCACAAGCAAUUGGGAAAGCAGCAAGUGAUUUCAUUCAAGAAGAAUUAAAGAUGGACUAUGUGUAUGACUACAUGUUUCACCUCUUAAAUAUGUAUGCUAAGCUACUGAAAUUUGAACCGCGAGUAACCGAAGGAGCUGUGGAGUUAUGCUCUGAGGUUAUGGCUUGUCCUGCAGAUGGGUUAGAGAGAAAGUUCAUGACAGAAUCAUUAGUGAAGAGUCCUUCUGUUACAGGACCAUGUACCAUGCCUCCUGCUUAUGAACCCAGAGUUCUAGGAGCCUUCUAUAGGAAAAAAUUAAAUGCUAUAAGGCAAUUGCAGAAAUGGGAAGAUGGUUGCUGCAAAAUGAGAAAGUCUUAGCAAAACCGAAUGAUCAGAAUCUAUCCAGAGGAUCAGAUCCAUUUUGUCUAGGUAAAAGAAGGGUAAUUUAAAUAACAAACUAGGCUUUAGCCCGCUUAUUGUGUAUACAUUUGAAUUCAUAGCAUCAAAAUGAUGGAUUUUUUCAAGUAAAAAAUAUUAUAUUUUUAUUAUAAAUUAAAUAAGAGUAAUCUUUAACAGCA